CUGCAAGCCGAACAUUGCAAUGCUUUGGAGCCAUGUGGCCAGAGACCGUAUGAUUCAUGCUGGCGGGGAGCCUGCAGAUCGAGGUGCGCGAGUGGUUUGCUUCGCUGAUCCCGCGCCGCUUCCCGCACCGGCGCAUUGCGCUGACGGCUGCAGAGCACGGGCGACGUCUCCUUUCAGAGCUGCAAGUGGCGGGCAGUCCCGAGCGGCCGACCUGUGCGCAGCGCGCCGGCGCCACGCGCCGAGUCAUGGCCGCCUUCCGCGCCUUUGCUGCGUGGGCCACGGCGCUGCCGCGGAAGAACGGCACGGUGAACUUUGGCCACCACGAGGGCAUGGGAGCGGCCGGCGUAGCGCUGAUAUGGAUGAACCAGGUGAGUGAGGAGCUGCUCUACGCGCUGGAUUGGCGCAGGGAGCUGCUCUGCGAGGGCACCUCGCAGUUGCCAAGCCUGGGAGGCUGCUUCAUGGGCAUUGCGCGGAUGCAGACCACCUGGCCUUGGCUCGUGGACGCGGUGGCCGCGGCCUCGGCGGGGCGCGUCCGCGCCGCCGUGCCGGCGCCGGUGCUCUUCGCCCCGCAGCCCUCCCAGGUGCUGCUGCACAUCCUGGGGUCCGGCAAUCUCAUGGUGGAGGUCGGGGUCGACAAAGGCCAGACCUCCGAGGAGUUGCUCGAGGCCUUGCCCAAUCUGACGAUCCUCGGGGUGGAUCCAUACCUCGGGCGCUACAACGGCCAAGAGAGCCGCGAAAGGCUGGAUGGCAUGGGUGGAGAGGAGGCCUUCCGCCAGGCCGCGCAGCGCUACAGCCGCUUCCAGGGCCGAGCUCGGCUGUGGCGCCAGCGCAGCGCAGCCGCCGCCGCCGGCUGGACGGGGCCAGCCCCGGAUUUGGUCUUCAUUGACGGGGAGCAUGACUUCGAGUCCUGCGCAGAGGACCUCAGACUCUGGGCGCCUUUGCUUACCACCGGCGGGGUCUUGGCCGGGCACGACUACCGCGCCGGCGAGCAAGGCGUGGUGCGCGCCGUGCACCAGAACCUGCCGGACGGAGCCACACUGCACUUGGCACCUCACGGGGUGUGGUGGUGGUAUGUCCCGUAGAGCUCGGCCUGUGAUCUCUGAGCUCGCCGUUUAGACCUCCGAGCAAACGCGGGCCCAGCACAUGGCUUCCACACGCGGGCGAGGGUCUAAGACGCGCCACUCGCCGGGUCUCGAGAGGUGGGGUCUGAGCCGGCCAUAACCGGCUU